AUGGAUGAUGAAGAAACUAAUUACACAGUUGCACAGAAUGUGGCUACCACAAGUUCGUCAAAGGGAGAUGUUGAAGAUUAUGAUAAGUUAUUCACCCAAACUUCUGUUGAUCUAUCUAACAAGCAAUUGGAGAAAUUACCAAAUUUACGACAAAAUUAUCCAAAGGUGAAAGUGAUCAAUCUAUCGCAUAAUCAGUUCAAGUUUAUUAAUAAUUUGUCAAAAUUCUCUGCAUGUUAUGAGAUGAAUGUUAGCUUUAAUGUAUUGGAGCGAUUUUCAAGCUUUUUGCCUCUUGCUGAUGCGUUGAAGCAUCUCGACAUUUCGCACAAUUCUUUAAGCAAUUGUGAUAAUUUGGCAGCGCUUAUACAACUAAUCUGGCUUGAUGCAGCAUAUAAUCAUAUCCAGGUUCUUCCACUUCUGGAUCGACUUACGCAUUUAACUUACCUGAACAUCUCAAAUAAUCGACUCAGUGUUUUACCGAAUUUGAGCAAAUUGCCUGCCUUAAAAACUCUUAAUUUAAAUGACAAUGAAAUUAGCACACUAGAUGAACUUCAUCGAACAAUGCCACAAUACUUGCAAGAUCUCGAUAUCGGUGCUAAUGUGAUCACAGAUUUACGAGAGGCUCAAUACUUAUUAUGUCUAAAGAACAUACGAUCCAUAGUAUUUGCGGAAAAUCCUUGUGUUCGUUUGGAAGGUCGCACUUUUUGCUAUCGUCCAUAUCUUUAUUGUUGUUGUCUCGAACAACUUCAAAUUGUUGACGGAAAGGAACUUAGUGAAACUGAAAUCAUUAAAGGUGAAGAACUACAUACGCAUGCAAAAAUACGGCGCAUGGAAACACAUGCUCAAUUGUGUGCCUAUCUCGAAAAAGAGUGUCCAGAAGAUUGUCAUCAUUCGUUUUCACCAGAUGACAAUCGUUUGAUGAAGAUUUUGAAGAAAAGACGUGAAUAUGCAUUACGAUUUAAGGAUGAUACGACGAGUGAGGAAUCAACGGCAACAACCGUUUCGCCGUACAGGGAAUGGCUUUCAAAAUCAGUUUCUUCGCUAUCGAAUCGUUUUGAAUAUAACUAUUGCACCACGGAGCAGAAAGAAAAUUAUGCGCCUUUGGUUGAUGUUAAUGAUUUAUCAUCUCUCUCAGCAAGAAUCAGUACACCUCCAACUUCUGCGAAUUCUAAUAUUUCUUCUUCAACGGUUACUUUAUCAGCUCCAUCAGUUUCAUCUUCCACUCCAGUGAGAACUCAUAUUCAGAGAAGACUGCAAGGUAAAUCAGUUCAAGUUCGCAAAAAUCUAGUUAUAACAGGCAAUACACCAAAAAAAGGCAGCGCUGUCAAUCAGUCUAAUUGGAGUGAGAGAUGUCAAAAGUCAUCGGUGAGGAACAUUAUCAGAGAUCCGCCUAAUAAGAUAAAGGCUUCUGUUGCUCCCGAAUUAUUUACACGGAAUUCGAGUUAUCCCUUUAAUUUCACAGAAAAUUCUAACGAAAUUUCGUUUGUAAGUGCUCGCAAAGCGCGAAGAUAUAGCGAAAAGGAGAAGAAAGCCGCUUUACUAAUUCAAUCAUGGUGGAAAGGUAUGAAGGUUCGACAAAUAUAUCGAGUACCUUUCCUCCAAAGGCGUAUUCAACGUUUUGAAACAUUGCUCAAAGAAAAGUCAAAUAUAAUCCUGAAGCUCCAAGAACAGUUAUUUAAUCUGGAAUAUAAUAUAGAAACAAUCGUAGCUGAAAAUGAAAAGCAAGCUUUGAAGAUUGCAGAGAUGCAACAAUUCUUGGCGCAAAUUGCUGAAGCAUGUAAUGAGCGUCAGAAACAAUUCAUGAAUAAGUUGUUGCCAGUUCCGGAUGAGUUACAAUAUGUCCGAAAAUCGGAAACUGAAGUAUUACUGCAGUGGCAGAAUCGUCAGCGUUUGCAAAAACCGACAAGGUAUUUGAUAAGUGUGAAUGGUAAUCCAUGCGGAACAGUCAGAGGCGCCCAUAAAAAAGCUCUCGUUACAGAUUUAGAUCCAACAAAAGAAUCUGUUGUAAGAAUGCAGUGUGUCUUCAAUGAGUUUAGUGGAGAUAUCUCCGAAUGUCUAAUCAUUCCUUCACACAAGCAGGAAGCAAGUUCCGUCAAUGAAAAUGAAAUGGAACCUAUUCCAAGCCAGACUGAAUUUAAUGUGGAUUAA